CACCAGAAGAUUACCAGCACGAAGAUGCGCUCCCUCGCUGCGUCCAUGCUCCUUGCCUCGGCCAUGACCGACGCAGCCCUCGUCGGCGGCUGGGCCAACGCCACCGUUGCCGAUGUCCAGAGCCUCUACCAAGAGGCUUCGAUCCUUCCGGCGAGCUACCCGAGCAACGGCUGCCCGCGCGUCUGCGCGACCACCUUUGUCUCUGCCUCCAAGAAGGUCGUCGCCGGCAUCCAGUACAAACUCGACGUCCAGGGCUGCGCCGUCAAGACCGAGGCCGCGACGACGUCGGGUUGCGCCUGCACCGAGGCGGCGACGGGCUACACCAUCUCGCUCUUUGCCCGGCCUGGCAACGAGACGCUCAUCACGCGCAUCGUGCCGACGAUCUCGGGGGGGGGCUUUCGGACGACCCGGCCGGCCUCGUCGGCGGCUUCUCGACGCCAACGGCUCCGACCACCGACGACGUCGCGCUCUUCUUCAACGCGACACGCGCCGAGGCCAACUACGUGGGCGCCGCCGUCGCCCGCCAAGCAGGUCGUCGCGGGCCAGAACCUCGUGUACAGCGUCAAGGGCUGCGCGCUGCCCAAGGCAUCGCCCGAGUCGUCGCUCACGUCCUGCAACACGACGUGCGCGACCAAGGACACGAGCAGCUACCAGGUCAAGGUGUUUGCGAGCCUCAUGGGCGGGUUCGAGGUCAGCGGGUCGCUCCAGGCCAAGGUUGACGGGACCUUUGUCUCGGCGACGGCGACCAACGGCAGCAGCGCGGGCAGCGCGAUUGGCGCCGGUGGUGCGAUGACCGCAGCACCGACGCCCAAGCCGUCCGGUGCAGUGCCCACCUCGGUCGCGCUUGCUUCGCUUGCGGCCGCCGCUGUCUGCCUUUACUAA